GCUCGUCCGAAGCUGAAGUAGAGCUAGCAUACUAGCUACUUAGCACUGCAGCGACCAGCAAAGCGGACAUUAAACCGCUCAUUAAAGAGUUUAAAGGGCGGGUCAGGUGACUUGUUAAACAGGUCAGACUUCACAAUGGAAGAAUUACCGCUUUCGAAAUGAACUUUUAUGUCUUUUAUGCCCUCGUGUGUAAAAGUAAGCCGUGUCAUGGAGUCACGUGACAGGCAUUCGCCUUUGUGCAAAGUGACCUUUGACACUUGCUUAAUGUGUGACAAAACCGCCAGCGGACUUCACACGGAACCUCACCUGGAUUCACCCGGCAGCAGCCGACAUAAGACGACAUAAUGGACCUGAAGCAUCAUGCGGUCAAGUUGUCGGUCCAUCCGUCCAGAGGACUGGUGGACGAGACGUUUGUGGUUGUGGUCCAGAACGGUCCUCCAGGAGUCCAACUCACCAUCCACGCCUCCCACCACUGCGAGGACGGACACAGCUGGGAGGCGUUCGCCCACUACGUGGCGGACGCCAGCGGCUCCGUUAAAGUGUCCCAGGAUGCCAGCCUUGGGGGGACGUACUCUGGAGUGGAAGCUAUGGGUCUCCUGUGGAGCCUCAGACCAGUUCCAGGCAGCAAACCUGGAAUCAGGAUGAGGAAGAUGAACGUGCAGACCCCCAUGGUGUUCACCGUCUCGGUGUAUCGGGGUCACGGCACUGAGGGGUUCCUGGACCGGGUGGCUCUGGCCUCUCAGGUGGUGGAGCGCUGGUACAUGGCGCCCGGCGUCCGCAGGAUCCCCGUCACCCAGGACGACCUUUCGGCCACCCUGUUCCUGCCCCCAGGACCCGGACCGUUCCCGGCCAUCGUGGACCUGUGGGGGGGUUCGGGCCAACUCGUGGAGUAUCGGGCUGCGCUCCUCGCCUCCAACGGCUUCGCCGCAUUAGCUCUCGACUACCUGACCCCUAAAAUCACCCAGGAGACGGGCAAGAUGGUGGACGACUCGUACAUUGAGAAGGCCGUUGGGUUCCUGCAGCAGCACCCGCAGGUCCUCGCCGGCCGCAUCGCCAUGUUGGGCCUCUCCUUCGGCUGCACCGUCACCCUCAGGAUGGCGGCGUAUUCGGACGUUGUGAAGCUCACCUGCGCGGUGUGCGUCAGUGGAAGUCACGUGCAGCCAAUAGGAGCCAAGCAGGAGGACAUCCUGGCUUUCUUUGAUCAGUACGCAGACAAGAUUCAAAUCAAUGACAAGAACCAGGCUAUCAUGAAAAUGAUCUUGCUGCCAAUCACCGGUGACCCCGCCCUCAAAGUGGACGUGGGACGUGUGCGGUGCCCUCUGAUGCUGGUGGUGGGCGAGGACGAUCAGAACUGGCCCGCCCUUGAGUCGGCGCUGGACAUGAAGGAGAUGAUGGAGCGGGCGGGGAACGACCACCUGCUGAACAUCCUGUCUUACCCUGACGCCGGUCACCUGAUUGAGCCGCCGUACUCGCCGCACACUCAAGUCAGCACCUUCCGUUCCGUCAACACCCGGCAGAAGAUCACGGCUUUGUGGGGAGGACAAUGUGUGGCCCACGCGUACGCUCAGGAAGACUCCUGGAAGAAGAUGCUGGCCUUCUUCCGCCACAAUCUUUACACCAACCACUAGCCCCCCCCGCCCCGCCGCCCCCGGGACCCCGCUCACGGCAGCAGAGGACAAGCAUGGAAUUGGAUCAAGAUGGAUCAAGCAAUAAGAUUUUGGUGUAAAAUAGAUCAAAGCAAAUUAAAUCCUACCCCUCCUUUUACAAUCACUGUUACAUUUGUUCACUUCCUGCUUUCAUAAUAUAGUUUAAUUUUUUUUAUU